ACCAUAUUAUUAUAUAUCAAACUCAAAAGUCCAAUAACCUUUACGUGUGAUCGUUCCUAAGGUAACCGACGUUAUAAGCUAAACAUUCGCCCUCUCCAGUGUCGUUAGCGAACUCUUUGCCAAUGAACUAAACAUUCUCUCUUUAACUACUUUCAAAAAAAUCCUGUUCUCAUUAAAUUCCCCAUUAAAUUUUGGUCUUGGGGAUAUCAGUGAACUUGUAUCUCCAAUCUCAAACCGGUUGGAGUAUUAAUCUAAACCGGUUGGUCACAGUGUUUGAUCAAACUUCAAACGGCACACGCAUGCAAAAGCAGAGGCUAUGGUUGUUCUUGAAAGAUAUCAAAUAUAGAUGAUAGAUGGUAGAGAAAGAGAGAGAGAGAGAGGCUUUGCUUCUAAUUAUAGUUAAAACUGUUCAUUUGUUUCAGAAGAGAUCUCCUCGUUCGUAGGAGAAGCUAUUUCUCAAACCCAAAUAGAGAAUCCAUCACGAUUCCAAUCUCUCUCUAACUUUCCAACAAUCUUCUCAUCACCAAGUUCGGUAUGAAUGUCUCCAAGUUGUAAGUUUUGAAUCGCAUAAAGCUAUUUGUGUUUUGCUUGGAAUACAAGGCUGUUGCGUCCAAGAUCACCGGGGACAAAGGUUUCUCCGUCGUUGAGAAACCUUUCACCGAGAAAAACAACACAUCAUAGUCAUGGCGGACGCACCCGUGGAUUCACCUCCUGCCCCGGAAACUCCCAAUGCAGGUACAGGCUCGCCAUCAAAUGACACAUCACCACCAGCACCUCCUGUUUCAUCCCCACCUUCCCCUGAUUCUGCUCCUCCACCUGCUAACAACAGCUCAGCUUCUACACCGCCGCCUGCACCGCCCAGCCAAGAAGCCUCACCUCCUCCAUCGCCUCCACCUUCACCGCCUGCUCCAGUUAAUCCGCCACCGAAAACUCCAGAGAAUCCUUCUCCACCCUCCCCUGAAGGCAAAACUCCGGUAACUCCACCUGCACCGCCUCAAGCACCGGCCAACCAGUCACCCCCUUUACAAAGACCAUCCCCUCCUUCUCCUAUUGCCAAUGAUGACCGUAACAGAACCAAUGGCGGCAGCAAUAGUGGUAACAACAGAGACGGUUCUCCACCGUCUCCACCGUUUCCACCGUCAGGGAACAGAAACUCUAGCGAGGGUGACUCACUGUCACCGCCUCGGUCAAUAAGCCCUCCUCGGAGCAGUGGAGGUUCAGACUCACCAUCAUCAUCAUCAACUCCAGGAGAAGAUCAUCAACAAGCCAAUGUUGGACUGAUUAUUGGAGUCCUUGUGGGAGCAGGGCUACUGCUUCUUCUCCUAGUGCUUAUUUGCAUCUGUUGCAAGAAGAAAAAGAAGAAACGUGAUCCUCAAGUCAACCACAUGCACUACUACAAUAACAGUCCCUAUGGAGCACCUAAUGGCAAUGGUGGUUAUUACAACAACGGAACACCUCAAGAUCAUGUGGUCAAUAUGGCCGGAGGUGGAAACUGGGGCCCACAGCAACCUGUGUCUGGUCCUCAUAGUGACAGUUCCAACUUUACCGGUCCAACACCGUCGCCUCCUCAAGCUGCGACUCUUGGUCACAACCAAAGCACUUUCACCUACGAUGAACUCUCCACUGCAACAGAAGGUUUCGCUCAGUCUAACUUGCUAGGACAAGGAGGGUUUGGGUAUGUUCACAAAGGGGUUUUGCCUGGUGGCAAAGAAGUUGCGGUGAAGAGUCUUAAAUCUGGAAGUGGACAAGGAGAACGCGAGUUUCAAGCAGAGGUUGAGAUCAUUAGCCGUGUCCAUCAUCGUCAUCUUGUCUCUCUUGUUGGAUAUUGCAUCUCUGGUGGUCAAAGGCUUUUGGUUUACGAGUUUUUACCUAAUAACACUCUUGAGUUCCAUCUUUACGGUAAAGGUCGUCCUGUUUUGGAUUGGUCAAUACGAGUGAAGAUUGCAUUGGGAUCAGCUAGAGGACUUGCAUAUUUGCAUGAAGACUGUCAUCCUAAAAUUAUCCAUAGAGAUAUCAAAGCUGCAAACAUUCUUCUUGAUUUCAGUUUUGAAACCAAGGUUGCAGAUUUUGGACUAGCUAAGCUGUCUCAAGACAACUAUACUCAUGUCUCUACUCGUGUCAUGGGAACAUUCGGGUACUUAGCUCCAGAGUAUGCGUCAAGCGGAAAGUUAUCUGACAAAUCUGAUGUUUUCUCAUUUGGAGUAAUGCUUCUUGAGCUUAUAACCGGACGACCUCCAGUGGAUCUCACUGGAGAAAUGGAAGAUAGUUUGGUAGAUUGGGCAAGGCCUCUGUGUAUGAAAGCAGCUCAAGAUGGAGAUUACAGCCAAUUAGCAGAUCCUCGUCUAGAGUCAAACUACAAUCAACAAGAGAUGGUUCAAAUGGCUUCUUGUGCAGCUGCAGCCAUCAGACACUCUGCAAGAAGACGACCUAAGAUGAGCCAGAUUGUAAGAGCACUGGAAGGAGAUAUGUCAAUUGAGGAUCUAAACGACGGGGGAAGACCAGGACAAAGCACGUAUUUGAGCCCAGGAGGCAUGACCUCAGAGUAUGACGCAAGUUCGUACAGUGCAGACAUGAAGAAAAUAAGGAAGUUAGCAUUAGAGACAAAAGAGUAUCAGAGCAGUGAGUACGGUGCAACAAGUGAGUAUGGUUUGCAUCCAUCUGCUUCAAGUAGUGAAGAGAUGCAUACAGGUUCAAUGAGACGCAAUCCUCAGCUUUAGAGACACGCACACAUUCUCAUUUUGCCUCUCAUAUUUUGUUAAGGCAGUUUGUUCCUUGGUUGUUUCAUUCUGCAUCAAAGAAUAGCAGUUUGAAAAAGUCCAAAUUAUUAUGUUUUUUUUCUUAAUUAGGAGCCAAAGAAAAAGAAGAGACUAUACUAUAGUGUAUUUUGUAGUACAGAGCCUUGAGCCAUAUAAUUCUGGUUUUGUAAUGA